AUGUUUAUCCCACAACCAUCAUUAGUGAAUAAUAAGGUUCUGCCUUAUACCCUAGUUGGUGAUGAAAUAUUUCCAUUUAAAACACGGUUGAUGAAGCCCUAUCCCGGGAAAGGGUUAUCAGAAUCCCAAAAUGUAUUUAAUUACAGGCUAUCCAGAUGUCGACGAACCAUAGAGAAUGCCUUUGGCAUCUAUGCAGCAAGGUGGCGAAUAUUCCGCCACCCUAUCCGAGCAUCUAUCAGCACUGUAGAUGCAAUUGUGAAGGCCACCCUAUGCCUUCACAACUACCUGUGCAUGACAGAGAAUGCACAAUACAUUCCUACUGGUUUUGUGGACUGUGAUAGUUCAUUGGAUAUGAAGGAAGGAGAAUGGCGCAAUAUAGUUAGAGGAGGUGCAAACUCUGGUUUUCAAAACAUAUCCAGAAUUGAAUCGCCCAACUACAGCAUUGAUGCAAAAACAACGAGAGACAACUUUUGCAACGAGAGACAACUUAUGUAA